AUGUUUAUCCUCCAGGAGCUCGCGCGCAUUCUCGACCGGCCCUUUUUCCCAUGGAAGAAGAUCAUCGUGGGCUUCUCGCUGGGCCAGUAUCUCCUUGAAGGCUUCCUCUCGCUCCGACAGUACAAGUUCUUGCAGGCAACAAAGGUUCCAAAAGUCCUGGAGGGCGAGGUCUCCCAGGAAGUGUUUGAUAAGAGCCAGGCAUAUGGACGCGCAAAGGCAAAGUUCGGCUUCGUGAGCGGGCUGUACAGCCAGAUUCAGAACCUGGCAUUUAUCUACGGCGAUGCUCUCCCCAAGCUAUGGGGAGCAACUGGUCUUCUGCUCGCGAGAUAUGCCCCCGAAGGCUUCAGAGGGGAGAUCACCCAUACCCUGCUGUUUGUCUUCGCUUUCAAUAUCAUUACAACGAUCCUGUCCCUCCCUACUUCAUACUAUAGCACUUUCGUUCUGGAAGAGAAGUUUGGCUUCAACAAGCAAACCGUCAAGCUGUGGGUUAUGGACAUGCUCAAAGGCCAAAUGUUGACUGUCGUCCUCGGAACUCCUAUUAUCAGUGCUAUCCUGAAAAUUGUGCAGACCACUGGAAACAGCUUCUUUUACUACCUCUGGAUGUUUGGAAUCUUUGUCCAGCUGUUUGCCAUCACUAUCUACCCCAUUGCCAUCCUUCCCCUGUUCAACAAGCUCUCCCCACUUGAACCUGGCGACUUAAAAACCUCCGUCGAGAACCUGGCUAAGCGGCUCAAGUUCCCUCUCUCUGAACUGAAUGUCAUUGAUGGAAGCAAGAGAAGCGCACACAGCAAUGCCUAUUUCUUCGGACUGCCAUGGAAGAAGCACAUUGUCAUCUACGAUACCUUGAUUGAGAAAAGCGAGACCGAAGAGGUCGUUGCUGUCCUGAGUCACGAACUGGGCCACUGGAGUUUGAGCCAUACUACGAAGCUUUUUGGAAUCGGACAGUUCCACAUGUUCUAUAUUUUUGCCUUGUUCUCUGCCUUUGUUACCAACAAAUCGCUCUAUCAAGACUUUGGCUUCCACAACGAGAUGCCAAUUAUGAUUGGAUUCCUCCUGUUCUCAGAUGCUCUCGCGCCAACUGAUGCCAUCAUUAAACUGUUGAUGAACAUCCUUAGUAGAAAAUUCGAGUUUGAAGCUGAUGCAUUUGCCGUGAAAUUGGGUUAUUCCAAGGAAUUGGCCAGAUCGCUGCUCAAACUCCAGAUCCAAAAUCUUUCCACUAUGGAUGCGGACUGGAUGUAUGCAAGCUACCACUACUCACAUCCGAUCUUGUCCGAGCGACUUGCUGCCUUGGGCUGGAAGGGAGGCAAGAUCACCGGAGAAAAAGAGCCCAUCGACAGCGACAAGCCUAUCAAAGCGGCCGACAGAGAGCUAUAA